UCUUUUUGUCCCUGGCUCUCUGUCCUAGACUGAGGUUGGCUGGUUAGUUGGUCGGUUGUGUGGUAUUUGUCUCUUUCUCGUCCUACUUCCCUCCUCCAGGACCCUGCCUCUAUCUUGAUGCCUGUGAUUGUAACAUCUCCUCAACCUCUCUGGAGCGAUACAGGUAACCCUGAACAGGUGAUCAUGCUGCCUAAUUGGUCAAACAUGACCCUCCACCUGGAGGACUCUCUGACCCGUGCCCUGGGCCAUUACCUUGACAACUGGAGCCGGAACUCCUCGAAGGCAGCACAGGCUCUGGACAACACCCUGGCAGAGGAGAACUUCAGGAACGUCAUCUGGUAUCUGAUAGUGAUGAUCGGAAUGUUUGCCUUCAUCGUCGUGGCGAUCCUGGUGAGCACGGUGAAGUCGAAGCGGCGUGAGCAUUCUAACGACCCCUACCAUAAAUACAUCGAGGAAGACUGGACCGCCCAGCUCCAACAGCAGAGUUUCGUCAUCAACAAUCCCACGGCCAACUAACCUAAUGUAUAUGCACACGCCAUAUACAAACACCAGUGGUGGAAAGAGUACACAAUUGUCAUAUUUGAGUAAAAGUAAAGAUACCUUAAUAGAAAAUAACUCAAGUAAAAGUGAAAGUCACCCAGUAAAAUAUUACUUGAGUAAAAGUCUAAAAGUAUUUGGUUUUAAAUAUACUUAAGUAUCAAAAGUAAAAGUAUAACUCAUUUCAAAUUCCUUAUAAUACGCAAACUGGACUGCACCAUUUUUAUUUUACAUUUUUUAUUUACGGAUAGCCAGGGGCACACUCAAACACUUAGACAUAACAAACGAAGCAUGU